AUGACCGGCAACGGCAACGGAAAACGCAAGGCUCUUCUCAUUGGCAUUAGCGAUGAUGGUUCAGGCCAGCCCUUGUCCGUUGGCCCAAGGAACGAUGUGAAGAAAAUGAGAAAAUUACUUCGCGAAACAUACGCGUAUAAGAACAGCGACAUCGUGGUUAUGUACGACAAGCAAAGGGACGCCAAGCUUGUACCUACCAGAGAAAACAUUCUUCGGGAAAUCGAUAAUCUUGUGGCGGGCUGUAAACCUGGGGACCGCUUUGUCUUUCACUAUUCAGGACACAGUGGCCAACAGGACAAUUUGGACGGUACAGAAAAAGACGGCAAAGACGAGCGUAUAGAGACGAAAACGGGACCCAUCCUUGAUGAUGAAUUGAGGGCGAGGUUGAUUGAUCCACUAUGCCCUGGUAGCCAAUUUGUUGUGAGUCUCCCGAUUCCUCAGCGGCGCAGAUAUAGCCAAUUACAGUGGCAGGCUGUUCUGGACACCUGUCAUUCGGAAACUCUGCUAGAUUUACCCCAUGUGGAUUGUCAACUCCCUCCCCUGUCUCCCGACGAACAUACCGUCAAGGAAGACGUGCGUGUGACGAUAAACGACCGUGAGUCUAUGCUAGUGCCCAGCAUCCCAUCGGCAGAAGUUGAUGUUGGCAUGGAAGUCAAACGGUCCUUGAGGCGAUCCAAGAGGCGCCCUGCCCGUCAGCCCUCCUCGAAAGCUGGCAAACUGAAGAAAUCCCGUCUCUCGCUGAAAGUGCUUACGAGGUCUACAACGCGAAGCUUCAGGGUGCGAGGCCCUCUGACGGCUCUUCUACCCAAGACGACUUCGGCGUUCUCGCCGGACUUGAUCCAAUCUAAUUUGGAUUUCUACGGAGAAUACUGCUGUCACAAAGAGUGUUCUCCCCUCGAGAAGGAUCAGGUUCGAAAGGAAAAGUCGGAGCUAGCGCAAGUGCUAGCCAUCUCUUCAUGCAAGGACUCUCAGUACUCUUAUGAAGAUGCCGAGGGGAAAGGGAUGACAGAUGCACAAAAACUCUUCAAUGUCAUCAGCUUCAGCCUAUUUACUCCCGCCUGGGAUAGGAUCCAUUCAGAAGGUUGGGAUGAAUACAAGAGAGAAUUUGACGAGGGUGCUUUGCCCAAUGCAUACCAGCAACCUUCGCUCUCCAGUUUACAGCGCUUGAAUCUCGAGCACACGUUCAGUCUAUAA